UGGUGGCAGUCUUACGAUGUGGCAACAAGAAGUCCCAUUGAGGCAGAUUAAGAAGAGUGCCAGCCGGCCUCAUGGGCACUCAGGCAUUAAAUGUCAAAACAGGCGUAUGAGAAGCACCUUUGGAGCAGCCAGUCGACACUCACCGAUGAAGCCAAAUGGAAACGGGAUACUUGGAGGGAUUCAGAGCGUGACGCUGGCACGGCCCAUGUUGCCCCCCCGGGCUGUCUGCCCAGACUGAGUAUUAAUACAGAGGUGUCUUCCUCAGCAGCUGCUCCUCUGGCUGAAAUCCCCAUUGGCACGCAAGCAUGCAAGUGGCUGUGACGCGCUCUCACGCCCUGCGGGAAAUCUGGACGCUGUCUUUCCUGAGAUCGCUCCUCUCCGAAUAUGUGGGCACCACUGUCUUUGUCUUUGCCAGCCUGGCCUCCACUCUCCUGUGGCCUCUGCCUCCCGAUCUGUCUGGAGGUGCCCCUAUGGACCCACAUCAUCCGCUCCUCCCCGUGCCCGCAGGCUCCCCGGAUCCCGUACACGUCUCGCUGACCUUUGGCAUUUCUGUGGCACUGAUGUUGGCAUGCCUGGGCACAGCAGGAGCUGUUCAUUUGAACCCCGCCGUGACUCUGUCUCUCCUAGCCGGCGUGAGGAUGAGCCUGGCAUCGGCUCUUCUCUACAUGAUCGCCCAGGUCCUGGGAGCCAUCACUGCCUCGGGGUUCAUCCGGAGUGUCACGCCACCCGAGGUCCGUGGAGACCUUGGCCUCAAUGUGAUUUCGGUUUGGGGGUCCCUUGAGAAUGUAUCUACUGUCUGCACCCACACUUUAUUCCUCACCAGGCAGCCCUGCUACCUCCCAGUCCCUGAUGCUGCCACCACCACCACCACCACCAUGCUUCACCCCUGGAGUGAUAUUACACAGGUCACCCCAGGAGUUAGCGAAUUCCAAGCUGUGUGUGUGGAGAUGAUGGUCACCUUCCAGCUCAUUCUCUGUGUCUUCGCCACUUCGGACCAGAAGGCAGGACUGAGUAAGAUGGCGCCUGUCAUUGUCGGUUCCUCAGUCACCCUGGGGCAUCUUGUGGCUAUUGGUUUCACAGGCUGCAGUAUGAACCCUGCCCGGUCCCUCGGUCCUGCCAUCAUCGCAGCCAACUUUGAAAGCCACUGGGUCUUCUGGGUGGGUCCAUUCACAGGGGCGCUCCUUGCCACCGUGACAUACGACUUACUGCUAGUGCCAAGAUGGAACAGCAUAGGGGACUGGUUGGCAGGAGUGCGAAGUGCCCUCGUUGGAGACGGCGGCUUGAAGCUAAAUGGCACAUCUGAUGAAGAGGAUGGCCGUGCCACUUAAGAGGACCAACAAUUUCUUGUAUAGUCAUCAUGUUAGUGUUCAGAGUGUGCCAAUUACUAUCAAAAGUAAGCAGACUGAUGAA